CAAUGGUUCAACCUAAUGGCCAUCCGCACCCGCCACCUCUCCAUCUUCUCCCACCCACCCGCCUUCAACAAACGCACGCAAAACCUCCUCCUCUUCCCCGCUAUUCUCUUCGCCUUAGGCAUGGCCGUCUUCUGGCUCUAUAUCCCCCCGUUGCAGCGUGUGUUGGACACGACGAGUGUUCCCGUAGAGUAUUAUUUCCUGCCUGCGGCUUUUGGGUUGGGGAUUUUGAUCCUCGAUGAGUUGAGGAAGGCGGGCGUGAGGAGGUGGCCGGGGGGUGUGUUGGAUCGGUUGGCUUGGUGA